CCACAAACCUCGUAACAAACAAUGAAUAGCCAGUCGCAACAUAUAUUCUUUACCAGGAUCAGGCCGUCAGCAACCAGGCAGCCAUAUUCCAGAAUACAUAUCUUCACCCUCAUAUACCUUCUCAAUCAUCCUCAUCCAACAUAGCAACAGCAGGCAACAGACAAGACACCAGCAAAAUGACAAAACCACCUACUGAAACAACCACCUCCUCCCCCACCAUCACCCGCUCCACCACCACCAAAACAACCUUCACCAAUCUCACCCCCGCAGACUCCAUAUUCCGCUCCACAGUGGAAAACACCUCCGUCACCAGAACACCUGAUGCUACAAGCAACGCCAGCAUCAGCAUCAAACGCAGCAAACUCCACUCCUGCACACUAACCAACUCCUCCGCCCGCCGCUGCACACUCACCAACACAACCCUCUUCAACGUCCCCGCCGCGCGCUCCCUCGACGCAAGCAACUCCUCGCUAUCAAAUAUCCGCCGUCUGCGCCGGAGCGAGAUCCGCGCCAGCACGGUUAGCGAUGGCACUGUCCGGCGGAGCACGAUUGUGGACUCGAGCGUGAAGCACUCUCUCCUACGGCGGAGUAAGCUGGACCGUGUGGACAUGUACAAGAGCCGGGUGAAGAGGGCGGUGCUGGCGGACUGUGAGGUGAGUGAGUGUGUGGUUAUCGGGACGGAGUUUAGGGGGAUGAGGUUGCGGUUCGGGGGUUGGGGAGGGGAGGUUGUUUUUGAGGAGAUAGAUAAGAGCAAGAAGGGCAAGCAUGCUGAUGCUGCCGCUGCCGCUCCCGAUGCAAAAGUUGAGAGGCUUGAUUACAAGGUUUUACAAGAGGAGAGCGAGUCAGAGGACGAUGAUAAGUCCAGUGUCAGUGAUGAGGAGGCGGAGCUGCCGCCGCCGUAUGCGCCUUGAUUGAUUCAACUCGUCCAUGAUUGAUAUGUACUUGUUAU